AUUUUAGCACAUCAACCGUCUUCCUUUUUCUUCUUCUUCUUUCUUUCUUUCUUUUUUUCUUCUUUUUUUUUUAAAGCAAAACGAAUUUUACUCUUCUUCACCAUUCGAAUUUUGCAUCCAUCCCGCCGCGAAACCCACCCUCCUCCUCACCAGGAACUCGCGUCUCUUCCCAGCGCCACCCAGCGACGGCGUCUCUCUGUUCAGGCGACGCUCCUCCAUCUUCACUUUACUUUCUUCUUUCCUUUUAUUUUGAUGUUAUUUUGGUAAGAAACAUGUUUUUGCAUAUAUAACUCGAUUGUUUCUCGGCUGCAGCUUUUCCACCUUGUUGAUAGGUCAAAUUGAUACUCUUCUGCCUUUCGAACCUUCAGGGUAAUAACGAAGAAGGACAGAUUUUGUUUGGUCCUUCCCUAGGAGGGACUGGAAUCUCAUUCUAUCAUGAGAAGCUAAGAACUCAGCUAAUACAAUGGCUUGAGCCUCCUGGGGACUCAUUGGAGGGAGGAAAUUAGGGAUCGCCUAGAUUCGGUUAUUUUAUAAACUUGAAUGAGCUCAUGCAGCAGCUGACAUCUAGCUGCUUAUUUGAAGUACUAGAUGAGGAAGCGGGUGAUGAUGAUGAGGGUGGUGGCCAACGGAAGUACAAGCUGCCCAUGUCGAAUAUUAUUCCUUUCCCCAAGAGAAAUGACCCUUCUACUGCCCAGGAUUCCCCUCCUGGAAGACAAGUGCUGGCUGUCUAUCCAGGAGCUACUGCACUUUAUAAGGCAACUGUUGUCAAUAACAACCACAAGAGAAAGACAAAUGAGGAAGCUAGUUUAGAUGGAGCUGAUAUGGAGGUUGUCUCUUCAUUGCUGCAAGCCUGUAAUGCUUUAGCACUUAGAUGGAUUGAAUUGCUCGAUUGCUAUAAAAUGUUGGUGAAUAUAGCGAAUCAUGUGGAAAAUCCUUCGUUGACUGAGUUGCAGCAGCUAAAGAUACUUUCUCUUGGAGCUUGUUCAGGGCUUGGUGUGCUUAGAAAGAAGGUGGAAGUGGGACAUCUAAAUGACUAUUUUGGCCGCAUUAUAUUUCCGGUAGAUACGAUUCUUGAGUGGUUCAACCACUGUAAGGAGGCUUCAAAUAAUACUGAAUCAUGUGAAAUAGAUAUUGAUGGGAGUGAUCUAUAGUUGGAUGAGAUCAGAGGAAUGGCUCUGUGUGCUAUUAUCAAAGCAAAUUUUGAAAGCUCUGCAUUCGAUCUCUUUCAUUUCCUAGUGUUGAGAUCACUAUUAAUGGCAUGCCAAAUAUUACAACGAGAAAAUGCUUGACACAGGGAUUUCAGAAUCUGGAGAUCAUGUUGGUCGAAGUACUUUGCACUAGAUCAGCUUUUUAAGCUAAAAGGGUAAGGUCUGAAUGUUGAGUUUUCUUGUAAUUCAAGCUCAUUAUACAUUAAAAGUUGAGUCCAUUUACCACAUAAGCAUGUAGAGAACACAAAAGAUCAUUCAAAUGUCCUCUACCUAUGAACAUGAUUACAACUUGAAUUUGACUGCCA